AUAUUCAAACGUUUGGUAAAAAUAAAUAAGUUUGACGUUUGAGCAAGACCGGCCUUAAAUUUCAUUAAUUUGGGAGGCGAAUUGUAUUUGCAGUUUUCACUCGAUAAUUCUGGAUUUAUCUAUUCUCUAACUAACGCCAGCUCAUGAAAUAAGUUUUCUUCCCUACGCUACCCACAGAGUAACUCAAGAUGCCGCAAGCUCGGCGCAAGACCCCGUUCAGCGGGAAGGCUAAGAAGCAACAGCUUCAGAGCAAGAAGCAGAAUAAGACGCUGCUUAUGUCAACAUCAUCAGGCACCACAGCUUACGACGUGGUCUCUGUGAACUACCAGCCGGCGCGCGGCCGCGGCGGGCGCGACACCAACCGAUAUGCCCUCAAGUUCUAUAGAGAGACCGAUGAGGAGUUAGCCGUUAAGAAGGAACAUGCUUUGAAGGAGUUGAACCCGGUCCCCGAAAGUGCUAUGGAGGUUAAUCCGGCGGACUUCUUCCCAACUGAGCUGUCGUUUCCCAAGCGUCCUCCGUGGGACUUCAGCAUGACUCCCGCUCAACUGGACUCACAAGAACACAAGUAUUUCAAGAGUUAUACAGAUCAGUUACAAGCUUCAGAACAUUGGAAGGAUAUGUCGUACUUCGAGCUCAAUUUAGAAACAUGGCGACAGUUGUGGCGAGUCCUAGAGAUGUGUGACGUCUUGUUACUCAUUGUAGAUGUCAGAUAUGCCGGUAUGAUGUUUCCGCCAUCUCUCUAUACAUAUAUUCAAGAGCAAAAGAAAGAUAUGAUAUUGGUACUAAAUAAAAUAGAUUUGGUACCAGCUUCGGUAGUGGCCGCGUGGAAGGAGUACCUUACCGCGUCGUAUCCGGCACUAAAAGUGUUAUAUUUUACAUCUUGCCCGGGGUAUAACUUGAGAGGGGCUACGAGUGACAAGUCGGGUCUUCAAGUCCGUCGUCGUAAAGGCAAGCAGCGCAUGUGCGCGGAAGGUGCCACUAAGAUUCUAGAAGCCUGCAAGGACAUAGUCCAGGGUGAAGUGGACCUGUCCUCUUGGGAGAAGAAGAUAAGAGAGGAGACCGAUGUUGAGUUCGAUUACGAUGAGGAGGCGGAAGUCGGUGAAACUAUCCUAGAGAAAGCCGACACUUCAUUCUACACCCACGAGAGAUACAAGUCCGGUGUCCUAACGCUGGGCUGUGUCGGGCAGCCCAACGUUGGGAAGUCGUCUCUCCUGAACGCACUCAUGGGUCGCUGUGUGGUGUCCGUGUCACGUACUCCCGGACAUACGAAGCACUUCCAGACUAUUUAUUUGACGCCGCAGGUACGUCUGUGUGACUGUCCCGGGCUGGUCUUUCCGUCUACGGUCCCCCGACCUAUACAGAUCCUCAUGGGGUCAUACCCCAUAGCACAGCUGAGAGAGCCCUAUACUACUAUACGAUAUCUAGCUGAGCGUCUCGACCUUCCAAAGCUCUUGCGAAUUGAACAUCCUGAAGGAGAUGACACCUGGUCUCCGAGAGACGUGUGCGAUGGCUGGGCGAAGAAGAAGGGCUACCUCACUGCGAAGGCGGCUAGAUUGGACACAUAUAGAGCGGCGAAUAGUUUACUACGAAUGGCGCUAGAUGGCAGGAUAUGUCUCUGGCUACGACCCCCUGGUUAUACACAGCAACGAGAAAAAUAUGAGACCUGCGAUGAAAUCAAAUACGUGCGUUGGGUCCAAGCCCUGACCGGCGACAAGCCCGAAGAGCUCAACUCCUCAGAAUCUGAUGAUGGGAGACACUCCAGCGAUGAUGAAGACGGCAGCGGCAGUGAUGAUGACGAUGAUGGUGAAACGACGGCGAUGGCUAACAAAUUCGCAGCUUUAGCUGGUGAUGAUUAAAUAGGUCAUCGGUCAUAUAAACAAAUCGAUUAUGGCGUCGGUCAUCAGUUUAGAUAAUUAGUGACUAUUUAUAUAGUGUCGGUCAUCGGUGGCCGAAGAAAGUAGAGUCGGUUAUUCAUGACCGAUUCAGAUUGCGUCGGUCAUCGGUGACCGAUAGUGAAUUUUCUACCGUUCUAUUCUCGUUACAAGUAAAUGUAGAUUUUUAUAUCUUACAAAAACUUACUUAUUCAACUUUAUGAUGUUUUUAAUAUGCAAUAGUUUUGCAUCUAUUUUGAUUUGUUCUUGACAGCGAAGUACCGAAACUGGCUUAGAUUUUUUUUCACACAGCGCCAUCUAGUCUCAAACUAAGCAAAGCUUGUGUUAUGAGUAUUAGACAAUGGAUAAACAUACAAAUAUAUUUCUAAAUACAUACAUAAUAUAGAUAAAUUACACCCAGACAGACAAAUGAACGUGAUCAUCACGUAAACAUUUGUCCUGGAUGGGAAUUAAACCCACGACAGGCAGCUCAUUUUAGUUUUUAAUUCACAUAAGCAGAUUAUGUACAGUCAGCGCCAAAAGUCGAUGAACAGAAUCAACU